UUUUUCCCCCUUUAGGCCUGAGUAAGGACAGGCGGGGGUGGGUACAGCUGGGGCUUCAGGCACCACAGGCAGAGACUCUGGGCCCUCUCCCACGCCACCAGCCCUCCUGUAACCCCUCCCUCCAAGCUGGGGGGAGGGGGACAGCACCCAGAGGGUUAAGACUGUAGGGGGGAGGGGCUGGGCCAGGUCGUGGGCGGCCCCUUUGAAGGAGGGAGCUGGAGCGGGGAACAGCCACCCUACCUGCCCCCCAGCCUGGCCCUCCCCCACCCGUCCCAGCCUGCUGCCCCCAGGGGCCAGGAGAAGUUACCGGCAAGGCCCCUCAGCAUUCAGGAGCCCCAGACCCAGGAUUGGGGGAUUUGGAGCCAGAGGGGAGAGACUUAACCCCCACAGCACCGGGAAGCAGCCAGCUCCCCUCGCCUCCUUCCCCCUUCGUGGCUUGCGGUCUCUCUUCCCCGCCUCGGCCCCCAGGAAGUGAGAAGAUGGGGAGCCCCGAGGAUGACCUGAUUGGGAUUCCAUUCCCGGACCACAGCAGCGAGCUUCUGAGUUGCCUCAAUGAGCAGCGCCAACUGGGCCACCUAUGUGACCUCACUAUCCGGACGCAGGGCCUUGAAUACCGCACCCACAGGGCCGUGCUGGCUGCCUGCAGUCACUACUUCAAGAAGCUUUUCACGGAGGGCGGUGGUGGAGCGGUCAGGGGGGCUGGGGGCGGUGGGACAGCCACUCGGGGGGCAGGAGCUGGCGUGUGCGAGCUGGAUUUUGUAGGGCCAGAGGCGCUAGGUGCCCUGCUCGAAUUUGCCUAUACAGCCACACUGACGACCAGCAGCGCCAACAUGCCGGCUGUGCUGCAGGCCGCCCGGCUGCUGGAGAUACCGUGUGUCAUCGCUGCUUGCAUGGAGAUUCUGCAGGGCAGUGGGCUAGAAGCUCCCAGCCCCGACGAGGAUGACUGUGAGCGAGCCCGCCAAUACCUGGAGGCCUUUGCCACAGCCACGGCCUCUGGUGUUCCCAAUGGUGAAGACAGCCCCCCACAGGCACCCCUCCCACCGCCACCGCCGCCACCACCCCGGCCUGUUGCCCGCCGCAGCCGCAAGCCCCGAAAAGCUUUCCUGCAAACCAAGGGGGCCCGGGCGAACCACCUAGUCCCCGAGGCGCCUGCAGUGCCCAACCAUCCCUUGACCUACGAGGAGGAGGAGAUGGUGGGUAGAGUGAGCAGCAGUGGUGCCAGUGGGCUGGGAGACAGCUACAGCCCUCCCACGGGGGCUGCCUCACCUCCUGAGGGGCCCCAGAGCUAUGAGGCAUAUGAAGGUGAAGAAGAAGAGGAGGAGUUGGUGUAUCCCGCUGCCUACGGGCUGGCACAGGGCGGUGGGCCCCCACUGUCUCCAGAGGAGCUGGGCUCAGACGAGGAUGCCAUCGAUCCUGACCUGAUGGCCUACCUGAGCUCCCUGCACCAGGACGCCCUGGCACCAGGCCUGGACGGCCAAGACAAGCUGGUGCGCAAGCGCCGCUCCCAGAUGCCUCAGGAGUGCCCGGUCUGCCACAAGAUCAUCCAUGGGGCAGGCAAGCUGCCACGCCACAUGAGGACCCAUACGGGCGAGAAGCCUUUUGCCUGUGAGGUCUGCGGCGUUCGAUUCACCCGGAAUGACAAGCUGAAGAUCCACAUGCGGAAGCACACGGGAGAGCGCCCCUACUCAUGCCCACACUGCCCAGCCCGCUUCCUGCACAGCUACGACCUCAAGAACCACAUGCACCUGCACACAGGGGACCGGCCCUAUGAGUGCCACCUGUGCCACAAGGCUUUCGCCAAGGAGGACCACCUGCAGCGUCACCUCAAGGGCCAGAACUGCCUGGAGGUGCGCACCCGGCGACGCCGCAAGGACGAUGCACCACCCCACUACCCGCCACCCUCCACUGCUGCUGCAUCCCCUGCCGGCCUCGACCUCUCCAACGGCCACCUGGACACCUUCCGCCUCUCUCUAGCUCGAUUCUGGGAGCAGUCAGCCCCCACUGGGCCUCCAGUCUCUACCCCAGGGCCCCCUGAUGACGAUGACGAGGAGGGGGCACCCACCACACCCCAGGCCGAAGGUGCCAUGGAGUCCUCUUAAAGAGGGACCAGUGGCCAGGCUGGAGCAGCACAAGGCUGGGGACACCCAUGCCAAGCAGUGGGAGCAUGCAGGACAGAUGGGCCCAGGGCACUGAGUGUUGCUGACACCAGAAUCAGCCCCUUCCCCCAGAGCCCUCAUUCCAAUUCCAAGCUGAGAAGGUUUUGGGGCAGAGGCUCCCCAAAUGGAGGUGAUCCCCCAAGGAGUGACACAUAUGUAUAUAUUUACAGCUCUAUUGUAAAUGUGGGGUUCCUACCCCAGCUGCUCUUGGGGAGUAGAAGCAAUAA